GGCGGACUGGGGGCUUGACAAUGGCUCGGCGCAGGCGCAGUCGGCGUGAGGGCUGCCGGGCUCGGGCGCGUUGACGCGGAGCGGCGGCGACCAUGGACGACGAGGAGGAGACGUACCGGCUGUGGAAGAUUCGCAAGACCAUCAUGCAGCUGUGCCAUGACCGUGGCUACCUGGUGACCCAGGAUGAGCUGGACCAGACGCUGGAGGAGUUCAAGGCCCAGUUUGGGGACAAGCCAAGUGAAGGGCGGCCACGGCGCACAGACCUCACGGUGCUGGUGGCCCACAACGACGACCCCACUGACCAGAUGUUCGUCUUCUUCCCAGAGGAGCCCAAGGUGGGCAUCAAGACCAUCAAGGUGUACUGCCAGCGGAUGCAGGAGGAGAACAUCACCCGCGCCCUCAUCGUGGUGCAGCAGGGCAUGACCCCCUCUGCCAAGCAGUCCCUGGUCGACAUGGCCCCCAAGUACAUCCUGGAGCAGUUUCUGCAGCAGGAGCUGCUCAUCAACAUCACAGAGCACGAGCUGGUCCCGGAGCAUGUCGUCAUGACCAAGGAGGAGGUGACCGAGCUGCUGGCCCGGUAUAAACUCCGAGAAAACCAGCUGCCCAGGAUCCAGGCCGGGGACCCGGUGGCCCGCUACUUCGGGAUAAAGCGGGGGCAGGUGGUGAAGAUCAUCCGGCCCAGCGAGACCGCGGGCAGGUACAUCACCUACCGGCUGGUGCAGUAGCCGCCCCGCUCCCAGGUCGAUUCUUCUCGGGAAGAGAGAACCAUGUCUUCCUACCCAUAAUCACCGAAUUCUGUUUACCUUCUACCGAUGAGGUUGUGGUCAUUCUUCGGAAAUUCCUGAGCGGGGGCCAGGGCAGGUCCCCGUUCUGGCCGAUGCCCAUGUCCUGGGACGCAGCGACGACACCGUCUAGCGGACGGGCCAGGGCAGCAGCUGUGGCCGCCGCAGCACUCGCCGCACUGGGACUCCCCGCCCAGCUUGGCGCGAAAUUUGGCUGGGCUGUUCUUGAAUGUGGACCUCCUACGGGGACGGGCACCUGGGGGGCUCGGUCCAUCCGACUGUAGGUUUCGGCUCAGGUCACGAGCUCACGUUGGUGAGUUUGAGCC